AUGGUUGCGAUAAGAAGUUGCGACCUCAACAGUCUUAGGCAAGCGUCCCGCAAACCCACCACCAAGAGAAAAGAAAAAGCCAAAGCCAAAGCAACAACAGAAACCAUUGAAGAAGAAGAGUCUCCCACAAAAGAAACCAAAGACUGUUUCAAGCAAAAAGCUCCUGCAAAGAAGAAAGAAGCACAAUAUUAUUGUUGUGGAACAAUGGCCAAAAAAAUCAUCAGCACCAUCUAUGACAAUAUCAAAAACUGA